UGCAUCACGGCCAAGUUCAGACUACGUUUCCCAGAAGCCCGUAUGGGUCAUGAAGAGGAAGAACUAGCAUCUAGGCGAAAGAUAUAGACAAGUAACUGUCCGGAAGGGCAAGUCUUUCCUCUGAGGAGAUCCCUGCUACCUUAGGGGCGGCUGGCAGCACGCACAGGUCAGGAGAGCGGGAAUGGGCAGGGCAGGGGCAGGGAAAAGAGGAGCAAACGUGCCAUUCAAUGAAGCGGGCAAAUUUCGCUUGGAUUCAGGUCACGUAUUCCUAGGACCUUGCUGCAACGGCCCAACGUCAUUUCCUCUGGUGGCUUAUAACCGAUCGAAGACUACAUUUCCCAGAAGGCUAUGCGGGCAACGCAACUACGCUUCCCAGAAGCCCUUGCGUGACCGACUUAGCCUUUGAGGCCCUCUUUUCACCGGAAGCUAACUGUAGAAGAUAUGCGAGGCGGUUGGGUUUGUCAGCUUCUUCACCUCCGCGUUAAGGGGGUACACUCUGGAACCUUUACCCUUCACGGGAGGCCCAUUGGCGGAACAGACAGUUCAUUAAUCCAAUGGAGAGGUUUCCUGACCACUAGUUCCAAGAAAGGUUAUGACAUGAGGAGUAUAGACAUAACUCCGUUGGAGCAAAGGAAGUUAACUUUUGAUAGCCAUGCAUUGGUUCAAGACUUGGAAAAAGAAGGAUUUGAAAAAGCAAAAGCAGAAACAAUUGUGUCAGCAUUAACAGUUCUUUCAAAUGUCAGCCUCGACACAAUCUAUAAAGAGAUGGUCACUCGAACUCAACAGGAAAUUACUGUCCAGCAAUUAAUGUCACAUUUGGACUCAAUCCGGAAAGAUAUGGUCAUCCUAGAGAAAAGUGAAUUUGCAAAUCUAAGAGCAGAGAAUGCGAAAAUGAAAGUUGAAUUAGAACAAGUUAAACAACUACUUCUGCAUGAAAGUGGUCGAAUCAGAGCAAAUAAUAAAUUGGAUAUUAAUCUGGAGAGGAGCAGAGUGACAGACCUGUUCAAUGAAAUAGAAAAGAAAGUUUUGGAAGCAACCACUGAAUUUAACAAAAAGGAUACUUAUGUCAAAGGCAUUAUUGCAGGGACCAGUAAUAAAAUUGACAUUGAAAUUGCUUCACUAAAAACACUAAUGGAAUCAAACAAACUUGAUACAAUUCGUUAUCUUGCAGCAACUGUUUUUUCUUGCCUGGCAAUGUCACUGGGAUUUUACAGCCUCUGGAAAUAACAGCAACUCUUCAUUAUCACCACCAGCAGGAACAAGGCUUCAUUUUCAUACAUGUGAAGAUCUUUGCUUUUGUAGAACACUCUGGGAACCGAUUCAGUUUGGCUUGUCUUGGUUCCAGAAUAAAUCUAGUUGUCUUUAUUCUCUGAUGCCCAAAAGCUGUUGUUCAGAACUUAAUCAAAGUGUAGUAGAAAAAUAUUUUGCAGUUUAUACUUGCAGCUAGUUUACAGGAUGUACUUAAGCAGGGCCAUGGAUUCACUUUGGACUACUCAGUUUUAGCUACAUAUGAGUAAACUUACUCCCCAAACAAAAGUUCUUGGUAUAUAUUUAAUACUCAUUUUUCAUCAUGAUCGUAUUUGUGGGGUUUUCGGUUUGUUUGUUUUUUUACCAUGUGUGAAGUAAAUUAUUUAGGGGACAUUGAUCCUGGGUACAGAGUCUAGCCCUGGCAUCCUCUGGCAUCAGCGUGAACGUCACCAGAGAGGAAAGAGCUGGUGGGAUUUAAAAGGUGAUCGAGGGAAGGAGAGAGGCUUUUUUUUUUUACUUCUGUUCUUGAAUGACUCCCUGGGCUGGCACUUAGCAAGCAGCACCUCAGCAUGGAGGGGACCAUGCUGGGCUGAAAUCUAGGACCUGAUCUUACCGUAAGGUAGAAAGACUGAGACCUCUCUCGACCUCUGUCAAACUCUCUCUCUUUACUAAUAAAUGCUAAUAACUCCGGUGCUGAGAGCCUCCAGACCAAUUUUUAUUUGUUACAACUAAUGAAAAUUAUUUUCAUAUGUUUAUAUAUUUAAGUAAAAUAAAAGAUUGUCACCUAUUGAA